GCCACCGUGUCCUGGCUCUGGGCCAUCCUGGCCUCAGCCAUCCACACCUCCCUGGCCACCAAAGUCUCCUUCUGUGGAGCCAACCAGAUUUACCACAUCUUCUGUGACGUCCCUCCUCUGCUGAAGAUCGCCUGCAGCGACACCUCCAUCAACGAGAUGGCUCUUCAUACUGCCAGUGUCUUCGUGGGAUUGAUCCCAUUUCUGCUCAUUCUCAUCUCAUACGCCUACAUCCUUCUGGCCAUCCUCCGCAUCCGCUCCAACACGGGCAGGCGCAAAGCCUUCUCCACGUGUGCUGCACACCUGGUUGUGGUCAUCAUGUACUUUGGGAUGGGCAACCUGAACUACAACCGGCCCAGCACCGGCUACUCCCUGGAGGUGGACACGCUGGUCUCCGCGCUUUACUGCAUCCUCCCCCCCAUGCUCAACCCCCUCAUCUACAGCCUCCGCAACCAGGACGUGAGGGGCGCCCUGAGGAGGGCCCUGGGGCACCAUGAGAAGGACAACACAUCCCCACGCGCACAGACAGGUGUGGACUAA